AUGAGGAGUACAUCUAGCUAUAAAGCAAAGGCGGCAGCAAGGCAAGCAGCGUUGGAAGCAGGAGCAAUCUCGCUACAGAAAUUGCACGACCUGGAACUCGAAGAGUUAAAAAUUAAACAAAAAAGAAGUCAAGUGGAACUUCAAGGGGAAAUAUCUGCAGCCGCGGCGGAAAAAACAACUUUCGAAGGAUUCGAAGAAGUAGAAGAGACCCUUUCGAGCAAAGAAGGGAUCAUAACUGAUUCUGCCCUUCCCAAAACAAGAAAUUCGACUAACGGUAGCCAACAUGCAAAUCCAGUUCUGCAGCAGCGGCCCAAGCUGCGGCCAACACAGCCAACGGAGGUUACACGAGAAAGUCAUUCACUGAAUCCAACUUCACCUGCUUGGUUUCCAGACCACGCACCUGAGGCUUCUCAACCUGGCAACUACCCUCUCGCCAACCCACUACAACACCUGAUGGAGACCCAGGAUCGUCAAAACGUCGCCCUUCAGCAGAUAGUACAACAGCAACAACAAAGCGUCAUGGCACUCACGUUACCUCAGCCCACGAUAAAGCCGUUCAAAGGAGAUCACAUCGAAUAUUGCGAUUUUGUUCGAAGCUUCGAGCAUCGAGUUGAGGAGAAAACACCAAGUUCCAGCGCCCGUUUGUAUUAUCUUAUCCAGUAUACAUCAGGACCUGUGCAAGACCUCAUGAGAAGUUGCCUGUCGAUGAAUCCUGAGCGAGGUUACGUUGAAGCAAGAAGGUUACUAAAGGAAAGAUACAGACAGAAGUAUAGAGUUGCUGCAGCGCACAUCGAAACCCUAACAGAGGGACCUGCGAUCAAGUCCGAAGACGGUAACGCACUAAUGCAAUUUUCAAUUCAACUUACCAGCUGCACGAAUACACUAAAAGAAAUCGGUUCGCUUGAAAAGUUGAAUCAUCCCGAGAAUCUGAAAAGAAUCAUCAAUCAGCUUCCGUUUGGCAUAAGAUUAAAAUGGCGUGAUACGGUUGAUCGAAUUGUAGAGAAGGAUGGAAGAGAUGUGACGAUUGAAGACGUGACGGAAUUCGUGACCGCCAAGGCUAGAGCGGCUACCCACCCGAUAUUUGGAAAAAUUACGAGCGACCCUAAAGGAAAACUAGAAGAACACAAAGGGAAGCGACAAUACGGAGCCAGAGCGAGUAGAUUUGGGACACAAGGAAAGGAAUAA